AUGUCGAAUAGUAACAAUGCUAUAAAUACUUUGCCACCAGACCAACGAUAUAACCGAAUGGAAAAACUGGGUGAGGGAACAUAUGCAACAGUUUUUAAGGGCAAAAACAACAUGACAGGCGAAAUUGUGGCCCUGAAAGAAAUCCACCUCGAUCCAGAGGAAGGUGCACCUUCUACGGCGAUUCGAGAAAUAUCAUUGAUGAAAGAACUCAAGCACCCCAAUAUAGUUCAUCUACAAGACAUCAUUCACACCGAUAGUCGGCUUGUUUUAGUGUUUGAAUUUAUGGAUCAAGAUCUUAAAAAAUACAUUGAUGCUCGGGUUCGUAAUCCUUCUACGAAUAAUAACAGUACGAGUAGCAAUGGGGCGAACUCAACUAGUGGCAGUAUACUCAACCCUAAUACCAUCAAAUCAUUUAUGUAUCAACUUUUGAAAGGUAUUGCUUAUUGCCAUGAGAACCGCGUCUUACACCGCGACCUCAAACCGCAAAAUCUUUUGAUCAACAAAUAUCACCAACUGAAGAUAGGCGACUUUGGCUUGGCCCGUGCGUUUGGCAUUCCCGUCAACACGUUCUCCAAUGAAGUCGUUACUUUGUGGUAUCGUGCACCGGACGUUCUUCUAGGAUCCCGCACUUAUUCAACAUCCAUUGAUAUUUGGUCAGCGGGCUGUAUUAUGGCAGAAUUGUAUACUGGAAAACCACUUUUCCCCGGUACCACGAAUGACGAUCAGCUGCAGAAGAUAUUCCGAUUAUUAGGAACACCGACGGAGCAAACGUGGCCAAACAUAGCGCAACUACCAGAGUAUAAACCACCACAAGUCGUGUAUCCUGCUCAGCAUAUGUCACAGAUUCUUCCUGCUGUCGACCCAAAUGGUAUUAAUUUAUUGAGCAGGAUGCUGCAAUAUCAGCCACAGAUGAGGAUUACAGCGAAGGAUGCCUUGGACCAUGCUUAUUUUGAUGAAGUACGGUAUUUGUUUGCUUAG